AUGUCUGUGGUCAAGUCACUGCCGAGCGUCCUCAUCGCCGUGCUCCUGAACCUCAUGAUUUGCAUUCCGUUCGGACUCUCGUUCUUUCCGCUCGAGUGGGACGAAAUGCCGGCACCCCGCGCGAUUGGCAUCCAAAUGUUCCUCCUCACGACCGUGCUUUGUCAGUUCAUCUUUGCGGCGCGAAGCUCGUUUGAUUGCUCUGUCGGCAUGAUGAUGGUCGAGAAUGUUCCGUUCAUGCACACGCUGUCCAUGUCGAUUCUCAACCAAGUCGGCAUGGAUUCGCCCAAGGCGCUGCCCACGAUUCUCGUGACGUACGCGCUCUCGACGAUCGUUGUCGGAGUUCUCUUUUACGCGUUGGGCCACUUCCGCCUUGGCUCCAUCGUUUACCUCUUCCCCAAGCACAUCAUCAUCGGCGCCAUUGGCGGCAUUGGUGCUUUCGUCGUGCAGAGCGGGAUCCAAAACGCGACCGGCGUUUCGUUCGAGUGGACGUACGAUGGUCUUGUGCGUCUCGUUCAAAAUGAUAUCUUUUGGCUCUGGAUCGUCUCGGUCAUUCUCGUAUUUGCUCUCGGCGUCCUUCUCCGAUUCAACAAGUCGCCGCUCUGCUCGCCCUUUUUCUUCGUGUCCAUCCCGCCGCUCUUUUACGUUGUCCUGCUCCUCUGCGGCAUUCCAGUCGAGACGGCACGCGCAAACGGCUGGUUCUUUGACAAGCCUCCCCAGGUGCCUUUCUACGCCCUUUGGACGUACUAUGACUUCUCGCUCGUCGAAUGGUCUGUGAUUCCCAAGCAAAUGGGCACCCUCGUGGGCCUCAGCCUCUUCUCGCUCAUGCACGUGCCGAUCAACAUCCCGUCCUUGAGUCUGACAACAGGGCUUGAAGUCGAUAUCAACGAAGAGCUCAAGGCCCACGGCAUCUCCAACACACUUGGCGGAGCGUGCGGCAGUGUACAGAAUUACCUCUGCUACUCGACGUCUGCGCUCUACUACAAGUGCGGUGGCGGCGGUCGCAUCCAGUCGUUCUUGAUCGGCGCUAUUCUGAGUAUCUUUUCUUCACUGGCCCAAGUGCUGUGGCAUAUGUGCCCCGAGGCGGUCGUCGACACGUACCACGAGCUCGAUCUCUUCGAGUACACGAAUGUCUGGAUUAUCGCGCUCACGAUGACCUUCUGGGGCAUGAACGAAGUAGGCCUGGCGGUGGGAGCGCUUCUUGCGUGCAUUACAUUUGUGGUGCAAAGCGCGCCGGCAGGGCCCUUGCGCGGCAGUAUGUCGGCAGCAACGCUGCGUAGCACUGCGUGGCGCUCAACAGCAGACUUGGAGAUCCUCGACUGCAUGAUGCGCAACGUCCACGUCGUCCAGCUCAAGGGCCACUUGUUCUUCGGCAACAUCCACAAACUCUCCGAGUACGUGGCAAAGAUCCUCGAAGAUUCGCCGCAACUGGAGUACCUGGUGGUGGAUUUUACACUGGUCGUCGCACUCGACUCGUCUGCCGCCGAUCGCCUGACGAAGCUCAAGCACGUCUGCGCGGCCCAUGACGUGCACCUCGUCUUUACUGCAAUUCCAGCGGCUUACGAGCGCUUCAAGACGUCGAUGGUGGCGUCAUUUGGCACGUCGAAAUCGCGCUGUCGGUUCUACGCGGCCAACGACCUCAAUGGCGCUAUCGAGUGGUGCGAAAACAGCCUCCUGCAGCAAUACAAGAUCUUGCACACGCCCGUGUCGCUCUCGCCGCAGCCCGAGAAGCCGGCGUUUAUCUCGCGCCUUGAGGUGCUCUGCCCGCACGAGUCACCGACUGUUAUUCUCUCGCUCCUUGGAUACUUUGAACGCCAAGUCCUCGAAGCUGGAGUUUGUGUGUGGCGCCAGGGCGAUUCGUCCAACUCGUCGAUGAUCUUGGCCGAAGGUCGCCUCCAGGCAAUCGUCGAAGAAGAAGCUGGCACGACGGAGGACAUUCCGGUGGGAGCGUUGAUCGGUGAGCUCUGUCUUUUGACGGGGGAAAAGCGCAAGACCUCGAUGUAUGCGACGGAGCCAAGUGUCGUGUACGUCUUGACGCUGCAAAAGUUCCAAGAGAUGCUUCAGAAGGACAGCUACCUGGCGUUCCUCUUCCAGGGAAUCGCGCUGCGCUACGUGUCGCUGCGCUUGCAGUACGUUGGCAACCGUAUCUGGGAGUCCAAGUGCAUCCCCAUCUAA